AUGACCUAUUAUAAUUCAUGUAUAUAUGCAGCAAGUAGACUAAAACUUAAUAAGAAUAAGAUUACUGUAUCAGAUGCUGAAUUAGAAAAAGUACAUAUUGACAGACUUAUCGCUCACCUUUUAGAUGAUAAUAGUCUUUGUUGGAAUGAAGAUUUCAUACCUUAUGAGCGUAGUGUACAAGAAAAAAUCAAAGCUAAAGUAUUUGAACCUACAUUUGCCAAAUACAUGCUUGACUUCAAAAAAAUCCAAAAAUGUAUAGCUUGUAAAGCUUUUCCAAAGUAUUUUCCAUCAGGAUUAUGCAGAUACCAUGAUUUUUGUCUUAAAUUCAGAUUGCAUCAGGAAUUUCCAAAUAAGCAAUAUAUACCAUCUUUACAAAACUCAGAAACAAAUCUGUCUACCUUAUAUAAUGUAUUGGAUACCAAGAGUUUCGAGAUAUACAAGAGGUGGUAA